AUGUCACCAACCCUGCCAUAUGAGCUCAUCCACCAGAUAAUCCUCCCAUUAAUUCCAGACGAACCAUACUGGGCCAGGAACCACCGAUCGGACAGGCCGCCCAGCGGGUCGGUAUUGGCCAGGUUCCUGGGGUUGCGGCUUGUUAGCAGACUUUUUGACGCAGUUAUAAUUGACAUCUUUCUAAAUGCGAUCCGGGCAAACCGCCUCGGGCGCGAUAUGGGAUUGCGGUUUGGCCCACCGUCACCCUCAAGCAUGGCUAUGACCAGACGCCUCCUCAAGUGCUUUCUGGUCAGGUACCAGUCGAGCCCGGAGGUCAGGGAAUUCCCGUUAAUCAGCACGAUCAAUAGAGCUGUCGAAAGGGCGGUUGGCCUGUUUGCACGCUCUCGCGGGGGUAAUACCGGCCACGGUCCCAGCGCUCAUAUAGUGGAGCAGCUGCGCAUGAGUUACAGGGAUGGAAUGAUUGCUGUCCUUGUCGGGAUACUAGGACCGGACUUGAUAUUCUCGAUCCUCGGCGGUGGAUCAGACUUGGAAGAUUUGGAUGAAACGAAGGGUGAGGUCGAUGCGGCUGUGUUGAUGGCGGCGGCAUAUCUGGGACGACUCGAUCAUAUGGUUCAACUAGUUGACCGUGGUAUCAGUAUUAGCUGCGAUCCUGGGGAUAAAUGGGUCUAUCCACCGUUGAUUACUGCAGCUCUGGCUGGGAAUAUGGACGUGGUCAAGUUUCUGCAGCGGAAUGAUGUUGAUCUGGAUACACGUACUGUUGGGAACGGCUGUAGUCCUCUCCACUUUGCCGCGGUGACUGGCCAGGCUGAGAUGGUUCACUAUCUUCUCGAGCAAGGUCUUGACCCAGAUGUCCGCAAUAAUGAUGGAGACACGCCGCUCCAGCUGGCGGCUGGCUGUGGGCAUUCCCAGGCUGUGCGUCGGUUGCUGUCAAGCGGCGAGGUCGAUGCCAACAGACGUGAUCGUUGGGACUGCGCUCCCUUGGCUUGGGCCGCAGCCAGAGGCUACGAAGAGGUGGUUGUGGAACUGGUGGCCUGCGAGACGGUGAAUGUCCACGGUAUACACCACCUGGGCCACCAACGCGGAACUGUAACGGAGAUAGCCGCACGGGCAGGGCACGAGAGUGUCUUCCAUCUGUUAUUUGCUUAUGUUCCGAGACUCUCGACAAGUCUCUUCGGCGCUGCCCUUUCCAGCAGCAGGACGAGCAUUGUGAAAGCCGUAGUAAAGGCCGAUUCCGAUAUAGUGGACCAGUACGAGAAUCAUAGACAGUGCAGCACACUGCUCGAGCCAGCCAGGAAUGCAAACGAUGAGCUUCUUGCAUACAUACUGUCGCAGGGCUUCGGGUCCAUCAACCGGGACAACGGCGGCUACACGGCCCUACAUUAUGCUGUUAUGAGCGGGAGCACCAGCACAGUCAAGCUGCUGCUCGAUCAUCCUGCGACAGACAUCAAUAUCAACAUCGAUCCAGAGUCUGUCUCCACCCCACUACACUGUGCUAUUGCAUCGGGGGGGCCGACGCUUGAGAUAUUACAUCUAAUGCUUGACAGCCCGGGACUUGACCGAGGGGCCGUGAACACGCACGGUCAAACGAUAUUCUUGCAUGCCGUUAGCUCGGGGGCUAUACAUCUAGUUAGAGCGUUGCUUUCUCGCGCCGAUGUUGACAUCCACGCCGUCGACAACGAGGGAAGCACUCCUCUGAUGACUGCAUCUCGGUGGGGACAUUUGGACAUCUUCAACAUUCUCUUACAGGUACCAGGGACAAGGCUCGAGCAAAGGAACAGCCGUGGCCGAACGGCUCUUUUCCUAGCUGUAAUGUAUGGACAGGUGCAUAUUGUUAAGCGCUUCUUGGAACGUGAUAUGAGCAUGACAGUGGAAUGCCUUCGGGAAUCUAUACUAGAUAAGUUUCUUCCUGACGCGGAUGAGAUGAGACACGUCCUGGCCCAGGACCCUUCGUUGCAAAAUGCUGAGCUUGAGGUUGAUUUGGAUACGCUGAGGAAACUAAAGCAGGCAUUGGAGCUGGUGGUGGCUCAUGUACAAAUGCUCACGCAAUCAUAA